AUGUCAGACCCUGGUGUGCGAGUGGCGGCUUGUUCCCGGGCCGGGAAUCGUGCCCUAGGCACCAUUGCAGCCCCGGGAUUGCUGCUGUGUCAGGAGAGGCUGGAUUUAUUUGCUAAACAAGUUCCAUGCUUUGAGCACCUCUCCAAGAUGGAGCAAACUGCAGAAAUUCAAGCUGAAAUACACCAGAAGAGUCUGGAAACUGAAAUCCUGAGACUGGAAAAGGAAACGGCAGAUAUUGCUCACCCAUACUUUCUGACUCAGAAAUGCCAAGUUCUACAAGCUAUGAAUAAACACUUGGAAGCAGUCCUGAAAGAGAAGAGGACUCUCAGGCAGAGGUUAAUGAAGCCCUUGUGUCAAGAGAACUUGCCUAUUGAGGCCAUAUUCCACAGGUAUGUAGCAGAGUUAUUGACAUUGGCAGUGGCCUUCAUUGAGAAACUGGAAAGCCACUUGCAGACCAUAAGGAGCAUCCCUCAGAUACCUCAGACCAUGAAAAACAUGGACAAUGCUCUUGCAAAAAUUAAUUUGCUUGUGACAGAGACUGAAGAACUGGCAGAGCAGAUACUGACAUGGAGAGAACUGCAAAAAGGAAUCCAUUAUGGCAACUCCCAGAUCACUAACGAAUCAGACUCUAGCUUCAGCAACUUAGUUCCACCAUAAAACAUCUUAUUUGUUGGAAAGAGAAGAUGACCAGUUGAGUUCUGUUUUUUAGCCAGUCCUGUGUAAAUAGCUGCAGUAUACUUGUACUUUUUAGUCUAACUAGAGACUUUAUGGUUGGAUCUCACCCUAUUGUAGAAGACAGAUGUUAGUUGGUAACAAGUGAUGAUUAAAAUUGGACAAUGAUCUGUAAUUCUUCUUUGGAGUUUCCCGAUAAGUUCACAUAACUCCAUGAAGCAAUCCGAUGGAACUGUCUUGCUUCUAUCAUUAAUGUAUGUUUAAGGUCUGUUUUAUUAUGACUAAGGCAUAUGAUAUGACUAAACUUGUUUCUACAUGUGUUUUGAAAUCAUUUGCUGUAUUUUUCUAUGCAAAUAUUGGAAUUUCAAAGUGUAGUAGAUUAUAAAAUGGAAAAAUAAAUUCUUGUACCCAAUUUUCAUUACAAAAUAACCAAAACUACAGUAGCACAAUCUUCAGGAAUAGUUCAAUGCUUGCUCCGUUUUCAAAGCACCAGCUGUCAAAUGCUUUGAAAGUGAAGGAAUGUACCUAUAAAAUCCAGCUUUCUUUUGAAGGAGAAUAUUCCCCAGUACCUCCCACAAAAUAAUUAAUCCAUACCCAGUUCUUCAUUAAUUGUCAUUACUCAUCUAUGUAAUAAGAAUCCAAUAAUUUCACUCUGAAGCCUACAAUUUUACUUUUUAGUGUAAAGUGACAGAAGUAGCUACAACUGUGGUUGAGGGCUCUUUAAGAAUAUCAACAGAUUUUAAUAAUGACGGGGAUUUGCUGCUUGUUGCCAUCUAGUAUUUAAGUUCAGUAAGUGUGGCUUUACACCUAUCCUACAGCAAGAUGUGCUGUAGCAUCUGAUACAGAGGCAGCAGGGUGGGGAGGGGGGAGUAGCGUGUAACUGUGUGGGUUAAUUGAUGAACCCAAGAUCGUUGGUUAACUGUGCACAUGGAUGCAUGUUCACAUCCCUAGUUUUAAGCAAGGAAAAUCUCUGAGAUGAUGCUGUGAACUGAGACGCCAAACCCCUCCACUUAAGUAUAUAGAACUUGUCUGGAGAAACAUCUGCAAAGUUGGAGUUAGUAGAUGGGAGGAGGGAAAUAAAGCUCAAUUAGCUCAAACUCCCCUUCCUCUUGACAAUUGUCUACCCAAGCACACUUUCUUCAGCUUUUGCACCCUGCAUGGCAGAAAACAAAGGGCAGGGAAUAACUCUUAAAUUUUAAACUACAUUCUCAAAGAGUGAAAUCUGACCUAAUCAUUUGCAAUCUCCAGUAGUGUCUACUUUUUGUAUUUUUUUCCUUCUGUUAGGUGAGCUUUGAAAUUCAAGGCUUUAGAAAUGGCAAAGGAAGAAGAGAUGAAACAUAGCAGUAAUGAGUAGAUAUAUCCUUCAAAAUAGUCAGUGGCUAACAUACUAUGCAGGGAUUAUAAACAGUCAAAUACAUAAUCAAGAAAUCAGAUGUGUAUUUUAUUUAGUGUCCGCAUAGCCUAGCUAAGCGAUGGCAUCUUCAGAGAUCUGAUGCAUAUUAAAGGUGUGUCAAAAACAGUGCACUUUUUUCUUAUGAUUGUAACUUCAUGGGUUUCCUUUUCAAACAGAGAGAGAGGGCUAUAGCACCAAGAAGAAGUUUGGAUAAUACAUAGUUAAGUGCUAGUUUUAAGUUGAUAAACCAGAAACAGUCAUCCCUCCUCUCUUUGAAUAUGGUGAUGAAAGACUGAGCUGCUCUUAUGGGUCCAACUUUGAACAAAUAGCUAGUUUACAAAAAGGCUAAUAGGAAUAACUAUCCUAAGAUAUUUUAAUAAUGCUGUAAUAUGGUUGAUUUUUAAACUCAAAAACUGCUCUCCUUGAUGCAUGUGGCUUAUGUGGUUUAGUUGCUUCUUUCCCCCUCUCAAAUUUUGUCAUUUGGAAUGUUUUUGCCUGUAAUAAACUGUUACAGCUAUAAGGGAGUUGAGGUUAUUCACUGUUUA